UCCCACGGUCCCACCCCCACGCGAACGAAGUCCUCCGUAUCGCACAAAACAGGAGGUCGCCCAGUCAGUGAAGACUGAACAAACCAAAACUCGACCCUCGACAAAGCAGUAGCAAUGGAGAGAAAAAGAAGCAGAGAGGAGAGAGAAAGAGUUACCGGAGGUGCCGGAGACCCACCUCCCAGAAACUCCGGCCGCCCUCUUCCACCGCCACCCCCUCUCCCUUCUCGAGGCUUUCCUGGGCCCCCUCCUCAGCGCGCCCGUUUCCAGCCCGUCGACCGCGAAAAGACUUGUCCAUUGUUGCUUCGGGUUUUCACUAAGAUUGGAGGUCACCAUACCCAAGAAGAUUUUUCAGUGAGAGGCAAGGAACCCAAGGAUGAGGUUCAAAUAUAUACUUGGAUGGAUGCUACGCUUCGAGAGUUGACUGAUCUUGUGAAGGAAGUAUCUCCAGCUGCCCGAAGACGAGAUGCAAAAUUGUCGUUUGCAGUUGUAUAUCCUGAUAAAAAUGGGCGUAUGCAAGUAAAAAAGGUGGGUGAAACAUUCUCGAAUGGAAAUAAGAGACGCUUAGAUGACAACAAAGCCUUGGCUGAAAUAUACUUCCAGAUUGGAGAUUACUUGGAUGUAUCAAUCGAGUAGAUCAGGGAUGGCUGCAUCUGAUGGCUGCAUAUGCAAUGUUACCGAGGCAUAGAUGUUCUCAGCCAGUGUACAACUAGUUCUUUAUGCAUGGUUGAGUUGUGGUUAUGCCCGAAAAUUGGCAUAACAGCAUUGCAUCAAUCAUUGCUUAAGUUGUCUUCUUGUAUUCAAAUUUUAAUGUUAGUAUGAACAGUAGUAUCAAACUCUUAUCAAUUUUCUUUAUAGCAUUCAAAAGAUGCCUAAAUGAUGUUGCUGAUAAGAGCAAAUGCCUCAAUUCGCUUCUAACUGUAUCCAUUUGCUCAAUUUCUUAUCAUUCUGCCUUGGCUUGUGCCGUGAAUUCAUGUACAAUAUCAGAGAACAUUUACAUAAACAUAUAAUUGAGUUGGUGUUUCACUCGAA